AUGUCAGGGCUUUUUCCUCAUGGAGUCAGAGAUCUCAAAAUCUCUGCCCCAACCAACGUGGACCAAACUGCAUCAUCUCUCCGAUGCAAGGUGAUACUCGUGGCCAAAUUUGAUUUUGCCGCGGAAACUAACGAAGAGCUCUCUGUAAAGAAAGGAGACGUGUUGAAGCUUCUCGACCGCUUCUCGAAUGGGUGGGUUUUGGUCGAGUUCAUCGACAAAAUCGCGUCGCCCGGUUUGGUGCCUGCCUUGUACGUGGACAUUGCCGUUAAUGACCCCAUCAAUCCGGUCACUCUUCUGUGGCUCCACGAAAUGGGCAUGAAUUCGUCCGAUGCAUCCAAGACGUUCAAUGACGUUCAGGUUCAGAUGCUCCUUGAGAACAAUUCGCCAUUUUCGAUCAACAACAAGCUUUACCCAUUGUCAGCCACUGUGUCCAACUAUCUCAUGUAUGAAAACAGAUUUUGGUACCGUGUGGAUGUCACGUACAGCCUGGGCGAGCAGGGAUAUCUCUGCAGAUACUACCUGGACUUUUAUGACUUACAUCUUUCGUUAUUAGAUCACGUGAACACCCUGAAAGACGCCCCGCAGCAGACCGGUUCGAAGCUACCCAAGUUACCCGAGCCCGUGCCGAGCCAGAAGCGCAAUUCAAUUGAACAGAAGGAGUUAUUCACUCGCAGGUGCCGCGAAUUGAGUGCGUACAUGCACGAGCUCACUUCGACCAAGAGGCUCCAGGUUUGCCCUACGUUGGUCAACUGGCUUGAAGUGGGGUUCAAGAAUUUGCCCGGUUUUGUUGCAGACGACACUCCCCCGGAUGGCGAGGACAUUAACCAGCGCAUCUUGCCAGGAUCUGUGAUUUUGGCCUCCAAAACGAUGGCUCCAGCCGUGGCAGAACAGCCUAAAGACGACUCCUUGGAGAAAGUGAAGUUUAUGGCACCAUCCAAAGAUACGCCGCAGUUGAACAAGCCCAAAAACGUGUACAACCACUACCAGCAGGCUGCCAAUGCCAAAAUCAAUAUUGCUCGGUCGUUGUCGACAUCAGAGGGCAGGUAUCCCACCAGAAACGGCUCCAAAUUGGAGCGGGCCCGCACCGUAAGCACUGGCAACCACACACCCAAGAAAAACCCACUGGAUUUGGGACAUGCUCCCAUGACCCCAACACCACACAAGUCCCAGAGUCUCAAGUACACGUCCCCCGGCCAGCCGGCGUCUCCGCAAAUGAAGCCCAAGCAGCGGUAUCCUGCCGAAAUGCUGCAGAUGAACGGCUUGCUGCAGAAAUUGGUGUCUCCGGCCACUUCGCUGGGUUCCGGCAUUUCCGACGGCGAUUCCGAGCACCCGACCGGCUUGAAGACGCCUAUGUCCCACCACGGCACGCCAAGAUCGGCAGCCGAGCCGGUCUUUGCACCCCGGAAAGCAUCUUUUGCCAGAUGUGAGAUCAAAACACAGACAAAUGACCAGGUCGUGGUGCGCGUGAACAUCGCAGAAACGCCAACAGUGGCAUCCUUCAAAAACGCAAUCUAUCUGAAGAUAGCGUACAACAAUCUCUACAUCCGCUUAAAGGAAAACGGAGCGUAUGAGGAAAUCGACUCGCCUGGUUCGGACGUCAUGGAGACAAUCUUGCAGUCAGACACCGUUUUCUUGCUCAUCACGUGA